AUGCGGCAUACAAGAAAGCACUUUCGUGUGGAAGGCGGGGAUGAUCUUCCCGCGGUAGACAUGGAGCAGGAGGUGCGGGACGCCACCAGCCGCAACGAUGUGUGCACCAUUCUUCCACUUACCUCCGAAGGUGUUAAAUUGCUUUCCAGGUUUUACCCGCCAGUGAAAAAUGCCGCAGACAUGGACACGCUUGCGAAGCGGCUUUCAAGAAUGGGGAGCCACAAUGAAUUUGGCUUUUCGCCUCUGUUUUCUCCUCUCCUGGUUGAUGCGGCGUGUCAACGGGGUAUAUUCCCCAUGUCGAUCUUAGUUGACGCUGACCACUAUCUAUUCGCUCCCAAAUUGCAUCAUGAGCGGUGCGUGACGCAGCUGCAACCGCCUGUCAAGGGCUUUCCUAUGAGCAGUGACGAUAAGGAGGGAAAGUUUGUAGUUGAGAUGCUGCAUGUCUCCAAAAAAUAUUUAUUAGGUCGCAACGAAAGCACUCGCACGAGGUCGUUUGAUGUUUUUAUCAACCGCAAUGAAGAUAUCGUCCCUGCGCUCUCGCUGAUUGUGGCACAGCACGGCGAAAACUGGAUGUGCCGCGCCCUUCGUGCCUGCCUUAUCCACAUGUUCUUCAACAAGGACAGUUAUCGCACCAAAAUUGUCGUUGUCGCCGUCUGCCGCCAUCGCUACCCUUCUGACCCAGGUGAGAAUGCAACCAACAGCAACGAACAGGUGUGUAACUUUGCCGAGGGUGACGCGGUAAAUGAGGGCGAUCUCAUAUCCACUGAGGUUGGCUUUAUUGUUGGGGAUAUUUACUGCUCCAUGACGGGAGCGUACAGUUCAAGCGGAUCAGGGACCCUGCAGUUGGCGGUCACCGGAGAGGCGUUGCGCACUGCCGGGUGCAGUGUCUGGGACCUGGGGAUGGAUAUGAUGUACAAGCGUAAAAUGCUAAACUGUGUGUCUCUGCCACGUAAGCAGUGGCUGGAGUUUGUGCGGGAGCAUGUGGCGGAUGUGUCGGUUGCGGAAACCAUUGAAGGACGCUUGCGGGAGCAAUUUAGUGAGGGCGUGGCAGUGCGACCACUGCUUUUACGUACUUGA